GCGCCUAGUUCCGAAUGCAGUUUAACCUUUUCAGGGCCACGUGGGUUCCGUUCUUGAAACCAGCUGCGCAGCGAUCGAGUUCAAGGAGAAUCGGCUUGCCUUUAGCUAGCAAGCCAGCGGCGGCGGCGGCGGCGGCAGCAGCAGCAGCAGCAGCAGCAGCAGCAGCGGAGCGGAGCGGAGCGGGUGCAACAGAUUCAGGGUCAGCAUGCCCAGGGGCAGCAGGAGCGUGGGAUCCCGGGCGACUGUGGCGAGCCCAGCACCAUCUCAUGCUCAUCCCCCGGCUCACCCUCCCCCUUCAGCGAUGGCCAGUCCAGCUCAGCCCCAGCAGCCUGGCUUGAUGGCCCAGAUGGCUACCACAGCGGCAGGAGUGGCUGUGGGCUCCGCCGUGGGCCACGUGGUUGGCAGCGCCCUCACUGGGGCAUUCAGCGGCGAGAGCAGCUCCGAGCCAGCAAAACCAGCUAGCAGUGCUGUCCAGGAGUCCAGGCAGCAGCCAGCCUAUCAGCAAUCCAAGUACGGGCCCUGCCACUACGAGAUGAAGCAGUUCCUUGACUGCGCUACAAACCAGAGCGACUUGACCUUGUGCGAGGGCUUCAAUGAGGCCCUGAAGCAGUGCAAGUAUAACAACGGUGUUGCUUCCCUCUUGUGAGGAAAUCUUUGCACUAAUGCAACAAAAUCAUAAGAACGUGAAGAGAGCCGUAAAUCCGAGGGGACUGGAAGGGCUAGUGACCAGUGAAUGACAGGGGCAAGGGAUCCAACCUGAUCAAUGCUAAACCUCUUUAGUGCUGUUCUCAGUCGUCCGUCAGCGAGCAGGGAGAAUUCUAGCUGACGUUCUUGAGAGAGUAGCUUUUAGAAUCCAGGCACCACUUGACUUCGUGCAAAGAAUUGUGCAAUAAAAGGAGAUGGUUUUAUUUUAA